AUGUUCUGCACACGGUGCUUCCGCGCCGCCCUACCGAGGGCCCAGGUGCCACUCGUACGAACCCUGUCGACAUCUAUGCCCCUGCGAUCCGUCGCCGCGUCCAACCUCUCUACACCCGUGACAGCACCGGGAGAAGCAGCUACGACGACUGCGACGACGACAACCCCCCGCUCCUCCUGCCCCGAGGGUACCGUGAUAACCGGUCUGAACUACUUAAAGGAUGGUCAGGAUCCUGUCGCCAUGAAGGAUGAGGAUUAUCCCGAGUGGCUGUGGGACUGUCUCUCCGUUAUGAAGAGGUCCGAUGCCGCAGAUGAUGAGGCCGGAGACGAGUUUUCCAAAUCAAAGAAGCAGCGUAAACUUGCUGGCAAGCGCAAGAGGGCCCACGAUGCCAAACUCCUGGCCGAGGGCGACCUGGAGGCCCUGGAACCCAAGAUCCCCAUCCAGGAGCAGUCGAUCAACCUCCCCGGUAACGAGAACGGCUCCGUCCAGGACAACAUCGAUGCCUCCCAGGCAAGGCAGGCCCUCAAGAGGGCCAUGCGCAUCGAGAGGAAGGCCAAGAUCAAGGAGGCUAACUACCUCCAGUCCAUGUAG